CAACCACUUUAACCACUUCCCGUCCGGCCCAUGUAUAUAAACGGCCAGACGGGAGCAGUGCAGGGGCGGGUGGCCAUUUAUAAAUGUCCUCCCUGCUUGUGCGCACUCCCACCGCGAUCCGUGGAACACCGAUCGUUGUACGGGACCUCUGUGUGAGGCCCAGAUCAUGUGAUCACUGAUUGGCCAAUCAGUGAUCACAUGCAGAGUAGUAAGCAAGAUGUCACUUUCAGACAUCAUUGCUUACUACGUGUGAAAUCUGUGAAUGAUCACAGAGGUCACAUGGUACAAGGC